AGGCGCCUCACAACUACCAUAUUUUUCUACGCUCCUCUUAUGGCUCUCGCUAAAGAUAUGGCUGUAUUCUAUACCUGGACUCCCUAUGAAUCAAGCAAUUCGUAUCGCGACAACCAUGCUAUUAGCAUGUGUGGAGACAUCGGCGGUCAUAUUGCUUCGCGUGAGAUCGGCAUACCAGAUGGAGUGUACCCAAAUGAAUGUGCUAUCUGCAGGAGCGCAAGAGAUUCAACAAAAGACUAUGAUCGCGAUUGGUUUGAUAACUCUGUUAAUUCAUAUGUUGAUUAUGCAGUAAGGACAGGGUAUUAUGGGAGAAACUCAUGUCAUGCGUAG